AUGGUUCCUGAAAGGUAUGAACACUUGCUGUCAAUGGUUGCACCUAGCAUAACAAAAAAAUCUUGUCGAAGCCGUCAAACUAUAUCACCUUCAGAACGAUUGACCCUGAGAUAUUUGGCUACUGGGGAUUCACAUCAAACACAACCUUUUUAUUUUAGACUGGGCAGAACAACAGUAUGCAACAUAAUCAAUGAAACAACAAAGGCUAUUUGGGAUGAUUUGCAACCAAGUUAUUUAAAGGCACCAGAAAGUUCAGAUGAGUGGGAAAAAAUAGCAAAUGAAUUUGAAAAUGAAUGGAAUUUUCCUAAUUCCAUUGGGGCAACAGAUGGCAAACAUGUAUGUAUUGAAGCUCCUGUUUCAAGUAGAUCUGCUGACUACAACUACAAAAACUCAUAG